AUGGCUGUUGAAGGAGUAAUAAUUAAGCUUAAUGUAAAACCAAAAGAUGGAGACGUGAGUUCUACUGAGGAAUAUAAUGGAGAUGAAUUUACUGGUGGUAAUAGUGUUAAAAUUACCGUCAUAAAAUCUGAAGAACCUAAAGGAUCACACUUUUACAGGUAUACUCAUUCUCCGCACGGAGGGAGAGCAUUCACACUAAAGGAAGUUAAAGAUGAUAGUGGUCAGAAAAUCCAAGGUAUCACAGAAGAUAAAGAGGUAACCUCAGUUUCUGCCUAUUAUUGGAGGUAUGAUAGUGGUAGUGGCAGGACACCUACUAAGGUCCUCUUGGUAGGGAUUACCACUAGUUUUGGAACUACCUAUUAUAAAAAUAGUGGUGGCGAUAAGUGGACUGAAAAAAUGUUCCAACCCGAAGCCUUGGAGAAUACUCUGGAUGAUCUCAACUGUUACAGUAACGGUGCAGCUACCAUUAAUCUGUCACAGAGUAAUUCUACAUCAGGGAGACAGAGUUGCUGCAGCGAACAUAAAAAUGAGAAGAGGGUCUCUGUUACUGAUGGGCAUAUCAAAGUAAAUAAUGAUCAAAUGACUAAGUACACUAAGUACUCGAUCUCCAAUGGAAAAUUAGCGGGAUUUAAGUUUUAUCAAGAUGAUGUAAGCAAUGAUGAAAAGUAUAGAAGACGUAUUAGGUCUACCGGCUUAAACUUUCCCAUAGAAGGUCAAGUAGAGAUUUACACCUUUUACUCUAGUAAGAAUCCAGCUCUUAUUUAUGUAAAAGGAAGUGGGCAAAACAAGUGGUUUAAAAAGCCUGUUACUAGUAAUGACACUAAAGAUGAAGAGUGGGAAGAAACCUUGUUUGGAGUUCCUGACCCAGAAAGCAUCACAAACUGUGACAAAGAGUUUAAGAAACUUGCGGAGGAACUAAGAGAACUUAAAUGUGAAGGCUUGCAAGAAUGUACUGCUGUUCGAACUCUUGAUCCAGAACAUCUUGGACAGAAUGGAGUUCAACGUGAGGAAGUUCCAGCGGCUGACUUAUCUGACCAGGUUCCUGAUACAGAGUCAGAGACUAAGAUUCUCCUACAAGGUACUGGACCUAAAGGUGAACCUGGUAAAGGAACUCCUGGUAUACCUGGUGGAAAAGGUGAAAAGGGUCUAGACAGCAUAGACGGUAAAAAUGCUGCUUCGGGUGUUACUCAUAAUACUUCUGAACCUAAUCAAUAUACUCAUUCUGGAGGUGGUGCUACUACUACUGGACUUUCUCAACAACCUACUUCUCAAACGGCUGCUAUUCCUAGUGGACCUGCUGGAGGACAACGCUCUGCCGGUGUUAGUAUACUUGGUCCAGAAGGGACAUCUAUACAACGCUCUAUUGAUGGUUCAUUUGCUCCUGUUACUCGUGCUGGUGACGGUUCUGGUUAUGCUCUUCUAUCUGCUAUUCCUGUAGAUUCUAAUCAUGAUGAAGACCAAGAAUCUGGAGCUGUUGGAUCAAGCUCUGUUCCCUCUACUUCUACUGAAACUGCUCAAGAAGGUCCUGCUGGAUCUGCUGGUAUAGCUGCUAGAGGCGGUGAUGAUGAUAGAGGAGCUGAUUCUGCUCCUGGACAUAAUGGUGAACAUGGUGAUAAAGGACCUAAUGGACUUACUGGUGGAGAAGCUCAUACUGAACCUCAAGUUCCUGCUCAACAAGAAUCUCUAUCUGCUGCUCAAACUUCUACUCCUACUACUCAAGAUACUGCUAGUGAUAGUGGUCAAGCUGCUCUUGAAGAUCCUUCUGUUAUUGCUCCUACUCCUAAACCUGAAAAAUCUGUUCUAAUUCCUGCUGGUACUGAAUCUCCUGAUCCUCAAGCUCCUGCUAAAUUUUUUGGUCUUGAACUUGCUUCUGCCGCUGGCAUAGGAUCAGCCUUUGGCGUAUCCUCUGGUACUCUUGCCGGAGCUGGCGCAACAUUUUUUGGAGGAUGGAAACUUUAUAAGGGAGUCCUCGACCGUGGAAGGUAUGCUUCACUUACUAAGGAUCUCAAGAAUCUCCUGUCUGAUCACAACUAUGACUAUUGGAAAGCAUUUGGCAAUAUUUUAAUACUCUUUAGAGCAAAUCUCCCAUUUUACAUUCCAGAACCAUAUUAUAGGACCACAUAUCAUUUUGAACAUUACAUCUAUAUGCAGUUAUAA